AAUUUAAUUACACAUCUCUCUCUCUCCCUAUAUAUAUAUAUAACAACCCCAAGACUCCAAGAGACAUAUAAUCUUGUAUUGGACUUCAUUAACUUCAGUGUGAAGAACAAAACAAACAACAAUUAAUGGCACCACCACCACACUUUCUACUCGUAACGUACCCUGCUCAAGGCCACGUGAACCCAUCUCUCCAUUUCGCUCGUCGCCUCAUCAGAACCACCGGCGCACGUGUCACUUUCGUCACGUGCGUCUCCGUCUUCCACCGCUCCAUGAUAUCUAAGCACAGCGACCUUGACAACAACCUCUCUUUCCUUGCUUUCUCCGACGGCUUCGACCAAGGAGGCCUUACCACCGCCGAAGAGAUUAAGAGCCGGUCUCUGAACCUCAAGAACAACGGCGAGAAAGCCCUGUCGGAGUUCAUCGAAGGUAACAAGAACGGUGACUCUCCGGUGACUUGCUUGGUCUACACGAUGCUCCUCAACUGGGCUCCGAAAGUGGCGAGUAGGUUUCAGCUCCCCUCUGCUCUUCUCUGGAUCCAACCUGCUUUGGUUUUCAACAUCUAUUACAACCACUUCAACGGGCACAACAACAGCUCUUGUCUCGAGUUCAAGAACCUUUCGUCUAUAGCAGUCCGUGAUCUUCCUUCUUUCCUCACGCCUGCUAACACAAACCAAGGGGUGUACAACUUGUUUCAAGAACUCAUGGAGCUUCUCAUAGAAGAAACCAACCCGAAGAUUCUCGUUAACACGUUCGAUUCUCUUGAGCAAGAGGCGUUAAAGGCUUUACCGCGUGUCGGAAUGGUGGCGGUUGGUCCUUUACUUCCUUCGGAGAUGUUCACAGAAUCAGUUAGAGAUUUGUCAAAUGAUCAAAGUAGUAGUUAUAGCCGUUGGCUAGACUCGAAAACAGAGUCCUCUGUUAUCUACGUUUCUUUUGGAACGAUGGUUGAGCUGUCCAGGAAACAGAUAGGGGAGCUAGCGAGAGCUCUCAUAGAAGGGAAGAGACCGUUCUUGUGGGUGAUAACUGACAAAUCAAACAGAGAAGCGAAGUUAGAGGGAGAGGACGAGUCGGAGAUCGAGAAGAUUGCUGGUUUUAGGCACGAGCUGGAAGAGGUUGGUAUGAUCGUGUCUUGGUGUUCUCAGGUAGAGGUUUUGAGACACAGAGCGGUUGGUUGCUUUGUGACUCAUUGCGGGUGGAGCUCGACGCUUGAGAGUUUGGUUCUUGGAGUUCCGGUUGUGGCGUUUCCGAUGUGGUCGGAUCAACCGACGACUGCAAAGCUUCUGGAGGAGUUGUGGAGGACAGGUGUGAGGGUGAGAGAGAACGAGGAAGGAUUGGUGGAGAGGGGAGAGAUAAGGAGGUGUUUGGAGGCAGUGAUGGAUGAGAAGCUGGUGGAACUGAGGGAAAACGCUGAGGAUUGGAGGCGUUUAGCGGUUGAAGCGGGUAGAGAAGGUGGGUCAUGUGAUAAGAACAUUGAGGCUUUUGUGGAUGAGAUUCUGCUCAGUGUAGCAGAGGAGGUCAAAGACAAAGAUGACUGUUCAAAAGGAAUCUAGAUCCUUCAAUUGGUUGUAAACUGUUGCUAGUCUUGUUAC